GUUCUCCCGGAUCACCGACAAUAACCUGGUUGUUUUUAUCUGGGACUGCGCUCUUUAAUUUGCAUCGGCCCCCGGCGUGCGUCGCUAAUUGGUUUCCCCCUCUGCUGUUGCGUGAGAAGAAACCGCUGCCUCUAGUGUUCCCCGCACAUGCGGUUCUCCACACUUUGCUAAAUCUCAGAUGUAAACUUAAAGACUGCAGGGGUUUUCUGUCUUUCACUCCCUACACUUGUGUUCCCCUGUGUCACGAUGGGCAGCUGUAGCUCAGCCCUCGUUCCCGGAAACACUCGCGAUGGAGGAGGGAAGGAAAGAAAACCAGAGUAAGGAACCAGAUUCCUUAACAACUCAAGAAAACUCUCAGGAAACACGCCGAAAUGGGCCCGCGCGGCAUGCCAGGGCAGCCGGGUCCAUGCAGGCCUUCACCUCCCUGUCACCAAAGGCUCUCUCCGCUGUGCUCCACCAGACGGCCCGUCCCGGCCCCGACUCCGGGGCAAGGAGGGAUCCCGGCCCCGACCCUGACUCCGGCCCCGGGGCAAGCAGGGAUCCCGGCCCCGGGCCAAGCAGGGACUCCGGCCCCGACUCCGGCCCCGGGCCAAGCAGGGACCCCCCCCACCUGGAACAGCUGCAGACGGAGCUGAGAGACCUGAGGGACCAGUUUGGGCGGAUGAAGAGUCAGCACAACAAGGAAAUCAAACUGCUGAUGAGUGAGCUCGACGAGGAGAAAAAGAUCCGCCUGACUUUGCAGAUGGAGGUUCAACGUAUGAAGAAGCACAUGUCUAAAUGAGGGCAGUGGAGAGCUUCUUCCUUAUCAACGACACGUUGAAAGUCCUGCUGCACACUGAUGAACUAUAUUUUUUUUAGAAAAAUCCACCUUGCUACAUUUUUUGGGGUCGGCCUAAAGGGCUGAACGUUUCAAUGAUGUCAAAUAGUUUUGUAAUGUUUGUAGGUGGAUUCUUAAUUAAUAACUGCAGCAUCUGAAGGGUGCCCAUCCUGUAAUGGGGAGAAAUGCCGUUUGAGUCGUCUUGAGGUUUUUCGUAAAGAGGAGAAUGUGUUUUGUUCCCACGGCUGUUGGCACGAGUACGCAUCGGACUGCAGAACGCGCUUUCAAUCCUUUGUCCGUCAUCCGACUGUGUGGAAAACGGAGAGAGGGGCACAUAUCGAUUUGAUCAGCGAUCGCUAGUCUAUGAUAAUGUAACAAAACCGCUCUUAUUUUAAGAGCAUUUUACUUACUAAAAAUGUGAAUUCGCCUUUUGAUCGUAUAAAAAAUGUUUUGACCAAACAGUGAA